UUAUUAAAAAUGACUCAACCAGUGGAAUACUACAGGCCAAAUUAUGAAGAUGAAGCAACCAAAUGCGAAGAUUUUAUUUGCCAAUUUGAAGAUCCUGGGUUAGAAGAAGAUGCUACUCAUGGGAAAGCAAAGUACUUAAUCCAAAUGCAAUCUAUUGCUAAUAACAGAGGAAAGGUUAUCAAGAUAGAAGUGGGUGAUCUUGAGCAACACUUUAGAGGGGAUCCAGCCUUUGUUCAAAGAGUCACUAGAAAUACUAAAAGAUAUAUCUCCCUCUUUAGUCAGGCUAUUGAUAAAUUGAUGCCGAAGAGAACUAUGCCUCCUCCAGAUGAUUACGAGGAGAGUGUAGCUUCGAUUAUUUAUAAGCAAAGAUGUGAGAAUAUGCAAGCUGAUAAGGAAAAGAAUGAAGCUAAUUUUAGAGUCUUUAAUGACCCGAAAAAUCAGUUACCUUUGGAGAUGUCCAGAGAUUAUGAACUCUAUAUUCUUAGAGGAGAAAAUGAAAAACCUCAUGAGUUUAAAAUGAGAGAGAUCCAUGCUGAAACUAUUGGAAGUUUGGUCACUUUUAAAGGAAUUGUAACUAAGUGUACUGAGGUCAGGCCAAGCAUCGAAGUAGCUUGCUAUUCUUGAGAGCAAUGCGGUAAUGAAUCAUACCAAACAAUUCCAGGAAAGCAAUUCACUCCUUUAUCUGAGUGUCCUGCUCCACUCUGUGUUAAAAAGGAUGUCAAAGGAAAGUUGUAUUUGCAAGUGAGAGGAUCAAAGUUCUUGAGUUACCAAGAUAUUAAGGUUCAGGAGCUUUCUGAUCAAGUUCCAGUUGGUCAUGUACCUCGAACAUUAAAGAUCCAAGCCAAAGGUCUCUUAGUCAAUCAGUGUACACCAGGAGACAUCGUUGAAGUUACUGGAAUACACAUGCCUGCUCCUUACAGUGGCUUUAGAGGAAUGAGAGCUGGUCUUAUUCAUGAUACCUUUAUUGAACCUUUCAAAAUUAAGAAGCAAAAGAAGACGUACAAAGAACUAAACAUCACUCCUCAAUUAGCAGAAGAUAUUGAAAGAGAGAAGAGGCUUCACAAGGAUGAAAUGUAUGAGAGAUUAGCCAAGAGUAUCGGCCCAGAGAUUUAUGGGCACAUCAAUAUCAAGAAAUCUCUCCUACUUUCCAUGGUAGGAGGUGUUACUAAGCAAAUGAAAGAUGGAAUGAAAAUUAGAGGAAAUGUCAACUGCCUUAUGAUGGGCGACCCAGGAGUCGCCAAAUCACAAUUACUUAAGCUAGUGGCAAACCUUGCUCCAAGAGGUGUCUACACUACUGGCAAAGGAAGCUCAGGAGUUGGGCUCACAGCAGCUGUGAUCAGAGAUCCUUUGACUAAGGAAUUGAUACUUGAGGGAGGAGCUCUUGUAUUGGCUGAUAUGGGAGUCUGCUGUAUCGAUGAAUUCGAUAAGAUGGAUGAGGCUGACAGAACAAACAUUCAUGAAGUUAUGGAGCAGCAGACUGUAUCUAUUGCUAAAGCAGGAAUGACUUGUAGCUUGAAUGCUCGUACUACAGUUCUUGCUGCUGCUAAUCCUGUGUAUGGAAGAUAUAAUACUAAACUUAGUGUAAAUCAAAAUAUUAAUCUCCCAGCUGCUUUGAUGUCCAGAUUUGAUAUUAUUUUCCUCAUGCUAGAUAAAGCAAAUGAGGAGCAUGACUUAAUGCUUGCUAGACAUGUUGCUUAUGUUCAUCAAAAUUCUUGUCCUCCCAAGCUUGAAUUGGAACCAUACUCGCAUGAUUUUAUCAGAGGGUUCAUUUCUACUGUGAUCGGGAUUGAGCCAGUGAUUCCUAAGGACAUUCACAAUUUUAUUGUCAGUAGCUACGUUGAUCAGAAGCAGAAAAUAUCUUCGAGAGAGAGCUAUAAAAACUCGAAUAACUAUAUUACUCCGAGAACUUUGUUGGGAAUCAUCAGAAUUUCGCAAGCAAUUGCCAAGAUCAGACAGAGUCAGACUGUCUCUCAGAAUGAUGUUGAGGAAGCCCUCAGAUUAAUGGAGUCUGCUAGAGAAUCAGUUAAUAAAGAAAAAGACGAAGAUGAAAGAAUGAAUAACAUCUUUAACGAGAAAACAGACUCUUUAUCUAAGAUAUUUGGCAUUAUUAGAGAGAUUUGCUCACACGAAGCAGGGCAAACUGCCAAAUAUUCUAAAGUUGAGAGAGCAGUUGUGAAUAAAGGAGGAUUCCACCAGGAAGACUUUUUCCAAACUCUUGAACAAUACCAGAAGCUCAAUGUGUUGUACAUCUGUGAGACUAGUGAAACCAUAUCUCUUUUAUAAGUGUGAAAUGAUGC